AUGACACACUGGCUCCGUGCACCUCUUUUAUGUAGGAAGCCUAGAGUCAGUCAUUUUGUCUAUGCACGCCAUUUCAACGUCUUAGCCAUUGAGUCAUCAGCCGAUGAUACGUGUGCUGCAAUUGUUGACUCAGCAAAGAAAAUCCAUGCGAACGUUGUUAUCAAACAGCAUAAUAUACAUGAAGAAUACGGAGGCAUCUAUCCCAUGAGCGCUAUAGGUUGCCACCAACAAAACAUGCCAUACGCUAUACGACAAGCACUUGCGCAGUCAGGGAUGAACAUUGUGCAUGAUAUAGAUGGAAUAGCAUUCACGAGGGGUCCAGGCAUGCCAGGCUGCCUGAGCGUAGGAAUGAAUGCCGCAAAAUCUCUUGCUUCUGCCUUGGACAAACCACUUGUUGGUGUCCAUCAUAUGCAAGGUCACGCCCUGAUAUCUAUCCUCACUGCUGACAGAGAAGAACCUAAGUAUCCGUUCAUAUCCCUGCUUAUAUCGGGUGGUCACACACUUCUUCUGCUUGCUACCUCCGCCAAUUCUUUCCAAACUUUGGCAACAACGAGGGAUGAAAGUAUAGGACGAUCGUUUGACAAGGUUUCCAAACUUUUAGAGCUUAAAUGGACUGACCUUGGUCCUGGUGAUGCUCUGGAGAAAUUUUGUGAAGAGGCUCCUGAAAUAAAAUGUCCGAUAAUACCACCAUUUCCUAGUCCUCUUGUGGGCCAGCUGGCAUUCUCAUUUUCGGCCUUCCACUCUCAUGCAAAGGCCUUGAUUUCUGAACAAAAACAACACGGAGAUCUACAGCUUUCAACAAAAAAAGCCAUCGCUCGCGCUUUUCAGACAGGUGUCGUGGCACAUUUGGAAGAAAAGCUCAUCCUUGGCUUGGCAUGGUGCAAGGAAAGGAACAUAUCGGUACGCGAUAUCGUUGUCAGUGGCGGUGUCGCAAGUAAUAUGUUUUUAAGACGUCGGUUACAAGGAUGCCUCAUUGAAUGCUAUCGGGAUGUCACAUAUAACCUAGUAUUCCCUCCUCCGGAUUUGUGCACAGAUAACGCAGUGAUGAUUGCAUGGGCAUCAAUGCACCGCUUUUUGACCAACGACACAGAUCCAUAUAGCAUAGAACUACGACCCAAGUGGAAUAUCGAAGAAUUGUAG